GGUCAAAACAAGUCCUUAAGAAAUACUGUGAUCGCUCUCUUGCUUUGUUAUUAUGGAUCAAGAAAGAUAGUUCUGUCAUACGGUCAAACCCUGUAACAUGAGCCAGGACUAGAGAGGCGCUUUUUUUUAGUGUUUAAUGGCAGCUAUGCUUUAGUUUCAUAAUGAAAGCAGUUCAGACAUCCUGGUUCUGACGUCUGAACACGACAAAAACUGCCCAGUACAAGUCAUUUUGGUUUAAUUUUGCAGCUCAUUCCGUAUGAGAGAGCCGGUGUGCCUUCAACAUAUACUUUGCAGAUCUUGUUCAGGACCCCAUGCUGGUGCAAACUGGAGUCCCUCCUGAACCCCUCAGAGUCCUCAAGCAUGGUCACCGAUACCAUAAAGUCAGAUGAGAGCUUUAUUCCUAAGAAUAAGAAGAACAUCAAAAUAUGGUUUAGCCCAAAGAGUCGUAAAGUACGCUGUUGCAUUGAGAAACCUGUUGACUCAAUCAAAUCAAAUGAAGUCCAGGGAAAGAAAGCCGAUAUGUUACCUUCUUCCAAGGACCUGUCCGUCUUCAACUUCACCUCUUCUUCCCAGGAGUCUGGGUCAUCCUCCCCUCCACGGGGGAAGGCAAAUAAGAAAUUAAAGAAAAAAAGGAUCAGCCAAACCUGCAAACAAACCCGUGUUGGUCAGAGGCCUAAAACAUGGACUCAGACUAUGCAAGAAUGUAAGAGGCUGAAGCUGGAGGCUAUCAAUCAGCAGUGGGCCUUUGGAAAAGAAGGUUCUAUAGACAACAAGAAUGAAGAGGACAAGAAAGUGAGCUCUGGAGAUGACAACAGGAGGUACAGUAAGAAAGUUUCUUUCCAUUUCCCUCACAGCCAGGCUGAGGAAACUCAUAAGGCUGUCCAUCAAGAACAGAAUCAAAUUCCCAAUCCCCAAGUUGAAGGCACUGAGAAGCAAAGCUCUGUAGCUUUGAGUUCACCAUAUUACGAUCAACAGUUUGAGCCUGUCACUGAUAUCCCACAAGAAUCCAAUGAAAACCCUCUAGGGCCUCCUCAGCCUUCCAUUGUCAGACUGUGUAAGAGAACCAGAGAGGAUCGGGACAGUGAUGAUCCACAGAGAAUGCCAAAACAACCCACCACAACUUCAGGAUGGAAGAAGAGAUCAUUUCGAGAAAGAACUGCUUCAGCUGAAGACUCCAGACAGUCUAAUGAGAAGCAGAAUGUGAACCCAUUCACACCAGCUUCCCCUGACCUUGGGAGAAAGUCAUCAAGCGUGAGACACAAACAGGCAAAUCCUGCUUACAUGAAGAGGAACCACAACGGAGAAACGCCACUGCAUCUAGCUGCCAUAAAGGGUGAUGUGGAGGAGGUCCGUAAGCUCCUGGCUCUGGGAGCCGACCCCAACCUGAAGGACAAUGCAGGCUGGACACCACUGCAUGAGGCUUGUAAUCUGGGUCACCUGGGAGUGGUGGAGGAACUGCUCCAGCACGGGGCGCUAUUGAACACUCCAGGCUAUCAGAACGACUCGCCACUGCACGACGCCGUGAGGAAUGGUCAAACAGCGGUGGUCAAGCUUUUGGUUGAACGAGGCGCAUCCCAAAGUGUCCUGAAUAUGUUUGGCCUGCGGCCGGUAGAUUAUGCGCUGACUCCAGAAAUGCAGGAGGUCCUAAGAAUGGCCCCAGAGGCACCACGUCCUGUAACAACCACUCUGAGCCCCACUGCCAGCCUCAGUAAGGCUGCAGGCUGUGUGCGAGAGACGGGUCCAGUGGUUGUUAUUGGCAGUCAGCUGACGCAGACUCAGCAGAAGCAGCUCACCAAAGCAGCUCAACUCCUUGGAGGGAAACAAGUGCAGUCCUUUUCUAGAGCAGUCACCCAUGUGGUUGUACCAGAUGCUCCCAUCAUGCCCUCUUCCCUGACCACACUGCAGGGCGUCCUCAGCGGCUGCUGGAUCCUCACUUUCAGCUGGGUGAGUUGUAGCCUUCAGGCAGGCAGCUGGGUCAGGGAGAGCGAGUACGAGGCAGGUGACGGCCCCCUGCGUGCCCGCGUGAACAGAGGCAGCCUGCUCCCUCCCCUCUUUGAUGGCUGCUUCUUCUACAUGCUGGGGUCCUUCCGAAAGCCACCAAAACAGGAGCUCAUUCAGUUAGUGAAAGAAGGAGGUGGACAGCUUCUGAAUCGCCAGCCCAAACCUGACAGUGACGUCACGCAAACCCUGGACACAGCGGCCUACCAUGCCCAGCCUGGUUCAGACCAGGUUCUCUGUACCCAGUAUAUCUUAUAUGAUCCUCAGAGCUCCUACAAACCCCAAAAAGUCCGGGUAGGUAAAGUCUGGUCAGCUCCUUCCACGUGGUUUCUGGACUGCAUAGCUGCCUUUAAACUCCUGCCAGUGCCGGAGCACUAGGCCAUCUACUUGGUGUAUUAUUAUGUUUCAGCUUCAUAACAUCAAAUAAAAUCUUUUUUUUCUGCAUAAGAUAAAUGAGUUUUUAUCCUUAUCGGAAGAUAGAGCCAUCAUAAUUGCUGUUUUCAUCAAGCUUUAUGUGAGGCAAAAUAAAGGGUCUGGCGGUCCCCUGAAGAUUCAAGUCACAUGGCAAGUCUCAGGAGAAAGUAUUUGCACGCUUUUUAGAGUCUAUUGUGCUUGUUCUUUCUUUCUGGGCCAAAUUAUGCCAUCUGAAAGCUAGAAAAUUAUGAAAACAUUUCCCAUUGUUAGGAUACAUGACCUAUUUUGAGCAGCCUCGCAACUUGUAUGCAAACCAUUCAGAGAUCUUGUGGGAAUUUGUUUUAUAUUCCCCCAGACAAAACUCACAUCUUCAUCAGACUUUUAAAUGCUAUGCUAAUUGCUUAGACCGCUUUUGUUUUAAAAAACUAAAUGGUAUUCAUAAAGUCUAGGACAGGAUAAUGGGAUUCUGGCUAAAGAUGAUGAGGUGGCAUUUAGAUUAGAUGGAAAAAAUACCCAAAGAGAUGAAUGAAGAAAAUAAGAGCAAUUAAUUCUCAAACGGUGGCCCUUUCAAACAAGCAGUUUUUUUAGUUUUCUUGCUCGUUGUUUCUGCAAGUGUUGUUUCAUUCAAAAAAUAAAAGAUUUCUGGUCGUCUUUGGCCAUCUCCCAAGACGCGGCUUUCAAUGGGAUUAGUCAGGGAUGCUCCUAAUUGCUAUUGAUUGCUGUGAGCCGCAUUAAAUUGCUUCGCCCUCGUCCUGCUGGGACGUGGAGGGAGCAAUUAGUGGUGUGGACAGGGUUUGGUGGGGUGAUUAAUUAGAGGGUAUUGAGGGUCCUGUGGGUAGAGGGAAACAUGCACCCAACUCUUAACACCUGACUUUGCAAACUUUAUCAUCUCUCUACUAAGAGUUAAGAGCUUUCAAAUGCACUUUUGGAGAACAAUGUGUACAGACAGAUACAAUCCUGAGGGCAACGACUCUCAUUAUGUAUUGUUUUUUGCAGUUGUUAUGUUGCUUUUGGUUAAUAGUAUAUGUGAAGAUGUCCUUAAUAUAUUUUUUAUUCAUCUUUUAGCCAGAAUUUAUAUUA